CGACCCAAAACUAAAUCCUAAUCCAGGACGUGAAUAUUUGACUAAACCCGGGUCCCCGACUACCCGCAUGGCCCGCCACGUGUUCCUGACAGGACCCCCAGGGGUUGGGAAAACAACCCUGAUCCAGAAAACCUGUGAGGUGUUACGGUCCUCUGGUGUGCCUGUGGAUGGAUUUUACACAGAAGAAGUCAGACAGGGAGGGAGAAGAAUAGGAUUUGAUGUCGUCACGUUGUCCGGCUCCCGGGGUCCUUUAUCUAGAGUUGGGUUGGAACCUCCACCUGGAAAACGUGAAUGUCGAGUUGGCCAGUAUGUGGUUGACCUGACUUCUUUUGAGCAGUUGGCGCUUCCUGUCUUGAAAAAUGCAAGCUCCAGCAGCAGCCCAGGGCAGAGAGUGUGUGUCAUUGAUGAGAUUGGGAAGAUGGAGCUCUUCAGUCAGCCCUUCAUCCAGGCUGUUCAUCAGACACUGUCCACCCCAGGAACCAUAAUUCUUGGCACAAUCCCAGUCCCUAAGGGAAAGCCGCUGACCCUUGUGGAGGAAAUAAGAAGCAGAAGUGACGUCAAAGUGUUCAGUGUCACUAAGGAAAACAGAAACCACCUUCUGCCUGAUAUCGUGACGUGUGUGCAGAGCAGCAGAAAGUGAAGACAGCUCGUGUUCCACACGGGUGGAAGCACGGGCUCCAAGAGCAGCCUGGUGGGUGCCUGGCUGGUCAAGGU